AGAGAGAGAGAGAGAGAAGAAAAGACUGUUCAUCUGCAUUUCUAACACACUUCAGCUCCACUGCUCGGAAGGAAAAUUACCAUGAGAUUUUACCAGAGAAUAGCAUUCGUCUUGCUCCUCGUAUACCUCUUUGAGGAUAAUGUACUCGGAGCGCCAGCACAAGGCAGGUACAACUGGGUGACAUGCAAGCCUGAUAGCAAAAAUGCAAACUGUAUCCAGAAACAGGGCCCCUUGAUUGACAUUUCAGGGGCCAGUCAGCGACUUCCCCCAAGUGCCACAAAAGACAUUGUUCCAGUAGAGCGCGAUGAGGACACCCCUGAGACAGAAACAGAAGAGCAGUCUGGAGAAAGCUCUGGUGACCUGGACCUGGCUGAGAAGAAGCAGGAUUGGAUGGAUGACGGUCCAGUUAAGAUGGUUCGACAGGUAGAGGAUCCCUUCCUGGAGGAGGCCAGCGGUGAGGUUGAUAUUGAAAACUUCGUAUUUCCUGAGCGAAAGGAACCAAAGCUGUCUCCAGAGGAUUUGAAAGAAGAUAAUAAUAGAGGGCUGCAGUCUGCAGUGUGUUUUUGAUGUAAUUUGGGUGUCAGAAGCUCUGUUUGUAAGGACUCAGAGGUCUUAAUGUCUUUAUACUGCUUCUUUUUUUUUUUUUUUUUUUUUUUUUUUUUUAAGUCAGUGACCUAAAUGUGUACUGGUUUGGAAAUAGACUACUCUGUGAUGUAUACUAGGGCUGCACGAUAUAAGUUUUGUCAUCAUCUCAGCAUCUCUUGUAUCUCCCCGAUAUAAUUUAUUUUACUGCAGUGUUCAUAACACAGUGGGCAUUAUUAAAAUCAUCAUGUAGAAUCAUUAAUACCUGUUGAAAUUGUUAACAAUUUUAAUAUUGUAAUAUAAUAUAUAUUGCAGAAAAAAAUAAGAUUUACAAUGCCAGUUUUGUUCCAGUAUCGUGCAGCUCUAGUGUAUACUGCAUACUGAGCAAUGUGAUGUGAUGUAAACAUUGUACAGCAUUAGCCAAAAGCAGAUUAUUUAAUACCCAUAAAAUAAAUGAUUAAAAAUGUAUGUGUAAUAUAAUAUAAAGUUUUAUAAAAGAAAAUAUAAUUCACCAGAAGAAGACAACAUUCUUUGGAAACUUAAAUAUUUAAUAUUUAAAUGAUCAUUUAGUGCUGUUUUUUUCCAGCCCUGGUCCUGCAGGACCCCCUAUGUGCUGCACAUUUUAGAGUUUACCAUGCUCUUAACAAUCCUGGUCCAGCUAAUUAGCUAAUUUACACCAUAUAUUUGAGUUUUUAGGGAAUGAACUAGAACAGGAAAUCACAUGUGUAUAACAGAUAGGGGGUUCUAUAAGACCAGAGUUUGGAACUUUUAAUUUGGAAAAUAUUUCAGAGUAAAUUCAUGGUUGUUACAUAGAUGCUGGACAUAAGUAACUUUUGCAAAUAUAUAAAAAUGCUCUACCAAUUUUUGUAUUUUUUAUAAAUGUGGUUGAAGUUUUAGGGCUGAGUGAUCUUUUGCAAUUGCUUUCAGCUUUUUCUAAUUAUUUUAUACAAGAUUUUAAUAUUAUUCAAAAAGUAUAAAUCACUUGACAUCAGUAGCCCAAAUAAUUGAAAUUCAUUAAAGGUAGCAUGUCAGUUACAUUUUAUUUCCCAAUUAAAAGUCUUCCUUCAUGUU